GCCGGGGGAACGUUUCAGUCGGCGUUCCAACCGCGUUAGCAACCGGCCAACUCAAACGCUCUCUCAUCGUUCUGUCAAUCGGCCGGCAAUCAAAGUCGCUCACAUCAACAUAUACGUAUACGUUCUUGUAGUUGGGAUAUAUACGUAAUUAUAAUACGGGAGAACGUUGGCGUCAAGGGUGUGUCGAUCACCUUGGUGUGCUUCGCCUAGUGAGGGAAAGCUGACAGGAGAAAGGGUCUACGGAUCUUCGACCUGCUCUUGUAUUCUACUCGCGACUACGUCGCCGAGUGAAGAGGAAGAGAUUGUUGUUGGAGACGUCGAGGUUUUCCAGCUGACGUGUGAAAUAGAAGAGAAAUGCCUGUGGGCGGACGAGUUGCCGGCAAAGUCGGGAUUUACAGCUCCCAUUAUAAUGGGAAAGGCUACAGUGGCAUCAACGAGGAGAUCAUGUGGAUCAGCAUCGGGAUGGGGAUCACGAUCGCGGUGCUGAUCACCAUCGCCCUGUGCUACAUCGCCCGUGAGAAAUGCCGGAAACGACACGAGGGCUACUACGCCUCCUGACGGGCACUUCCGCCGCCCUCGUGGGCCUCUUGGUCCUUCUCACCGUCGACGCCCGGUGUGUUCUUCAGCCCGACCACGUCGAGAGGUAAACCGAGGGCGUACUACAUCACCGUAUAACGCCGAAAUCCGGCGGCUGAACGCUCUCGCUCGGUCCGAGCGAGCUGACGCGAACGUCGUGAACGAGAUGAUCGACCUACGAAAACGCUUCGACUUCUUUCAUUCGUCUUUUUGCGACUCCUUGGUAUCUUCACUUGAAAUAAUAUCAAAUAGUUUCGUUUCGAAGUCGUACCACCGACGAGUACGAUAAUAUGUACGGGGAUAAAUCUGAAUGAAAAUUGACAAAUUAUCAAUCUCGUCGUGUUUCCAAUACCGCGAAGAAGGGAGUUCACUUCAAUGUGCGUGUUUGAUAUAUAAUAAAUCAAACGCGAAUGCCAUUAUUGAGUUGGAAGGAGAGGACAAUUUAUGACGAAGGUAUGUAGAAAAGGUAAGUCUCAUGACGUUUUGUAAAGCGCAAGAUUAUCUCAAAUAUAUGCGGUUCGGUUGGAUUGGUUCCCUAAAUGAUCCAAUCAAAAUAACCGAGUCAAAAAGUUAAUUUAAUCGCAAUAACAUUAAUGUCACCGUUAAUCCAUUUAGUAAAUGAAUAACUUAAUCCGGCGUGAGUUACCAACCUCGCUGUCGUUAUAACGUUAUUGCAGAGAAACGAUGUUAAACGUCAAUGGCAUUAAUAUUACGUGAUUUGCGUUGUGUAAACUCGGAGUGGCAACAAAACAACCGCGCGUUUCACUUCUGUAAAAAUUGCAAAAGCUGACCGGCCAUGUUUCACCUCUGUUUCAUCCUCGUUUCAAACGAGCGCCAGGUACUAUCCGCUGAACCUUCGAGUUUAUCGAGACGAGAUUUCGACGCGAUGAUUUAUGGAGCAAUUGCUCGAAGGAGGAAGGAAUCGAAAGGGAGCGCCUGACCUAUUCCAGUCUGAUCGACUGGAUAAUUAGCUGAAUUCCCUCGGCCGUUGUUGUUAUUACCAGAUUUUCGAGGAAUUCCCACGCGUUAUUGGGAAUUCAGAUCUUAUGGACGAUUCGGUACCGGUUGAAAUUGAUUUCAUCUCGCUCGGCGGGGACAACAAUUUCGAAACUGGAUGGUAACGAGAUCGUUGUGAUACGAUCACGUCAGAUUGCUGUUCGUCGUUCGGACAUCUACUGCGAAUAUUCAUGAAAAGGCAUAUCUGCGGAAUUGUUUGGGAAUUGCUAUCCUAUUUUAUCUGACGCAGAAUUGAGAAAAGUCGUAGAAUUGUAUCUGACAUCUCGCGAUCGAAUUUACUAGAUGAAAGAUCUGAUUGUACGAGCAUAAACUUGCAAUUUUCAAAAUUAUCAUAUAAAGUACUUAAUUUCAUUUCACGUAGAAUUGAGAAAAGUUGUGGAAUUAAUGUUUAACAUUCUCGCGAUCAAAUUUAUUGGAUGAAA